AAGGCAGCUGCAUUUACAAGCCUGCCCUGGGAUUCGCACCCUCUCUAUUGGCCCAGCUCGUGAGAAGAUGAGUCAUCAGUUUUCAGGCUCAGAUGGCACUGCACCCUGGGCACACUCAGGGCUGUGAACUCAGGUAAUGGGAAUGUACCUGCCGCACCUCCAGACUGCCCCAGCCAAGGUGCCGCUUGGGCAGCAUCCCUGCCCACCUGGCCUUGGGCCAGCGCAGUCCUCACCAAGGUGCUGAGAUGGUUCAGAGGUGCACAGGGAAACCACUUGCCCGUGUGGCCGAGGCUGGCCAAAGUGUUCCUUGGAGUCCAGGUCACUGAGGGUUAGCGACACUGUUCUCUGAGAGUCUUGGGGUCAUCUUUAUCUGACACUUCUCUGAGUCAACAAACCAGUGUGGAAGCAGGUUUAACUUCCCAGAUUGGGUUCCUAGAAGCCACGGGGCUUAGGGAUCAGAUGCACUUGGAAGCCACUGGGUGGAGAAAAUCCUCCUUUAUGUGCCAAUAUCUCAUGAGCUUGGGAAAGGACCACAGCCCCAGAAUGUGGAGAUGCGCUAGAUUGUUGCUUAGCUGCUUGCCAAGUAAACCUAAAAAUGAGGAGAGAAAGAUGGGCCUGAGAUCUUGGAACUCCCAGGGAGCACGCUGACUUAACGAGCCCCGAGCUGAAUUCCUCAUGACUGUAUUGAGUUUAAUAUUGGUGCCUGACGACGCUACACAAAAAUACUCGCUGGUGUACUUGCCACUCUUAGCUUGCUGAGGAACGUUGAAGUUAUGCCGAUGGGAACCUGCCAACAUCAUUCCUGGGUGAACUCAUUUGGGGAGUAUAAGCCGACUGCUAAAGACCACUGAUUCUAGAGAAACGCAAACUUGUAAAUAGGAAGAAAAAAAAGCCUACUGGACUGUUUCUAAAAUGAACCAAAGAUAAAGGAUAUGACCACUCUUUUUGUGACUUGGCCAUCUAUUCUCAGACGACCGCAGCAUGAAGGCUUCUUGAGUGGUUGCUGAGUUAGACGGAUGCUAUUUUUAUCACUGGACAUCAGUAGGUGGUCCUUUAAUGCAGAUCCAGUCAUCCAGAUUAGAUGGUACAUGGAUACCGGGGCAGGAGAUAGCAUGCUCUGAACUUUCAGGCAGCACAAAAAAGCCCGAGCGGCACACACGCCCUUUGUGUUCUGGCUUGCCCUUCCUGCGCAGCACUCCCUGUUUCUCGGCCGUGCCACCUUGUCCUCUGAGCUCGGUGCUGCCCACUAGGAACCCGUGGAGACCAGAAGGAGCGGCUUCAGUCCCCGGGAACAGUGCUGAGCAGGACGAGGAGGGUCCAGGACCAGAGAGGACAGAGCGGAAGCCAGCAGUGGUGCCGUCGCACUCAGUGGAGGGAGCAGGAGGCAGCUGCACACCCCCUCCCAACCCAGAGCACAGAACAAUGGGGGCGGAGUUCCAGGUGCAGCUGGAAGGCAGCCUAAGGAGAUGUUCUGCCUCUGGACUGCAGCAUCAGCUCCUGUCUGAGUUCCCAGCCAGCCAGCCUGACCUACAGAUUCCCAACUUGGUUGUCCCCACCAUCAGCAGGCCCAACAAAACCCAUCUGCAGGCCAGAUUCGGCCCUCAGGCUGUCAGUGAGCAAGUUCCAAGUCCCACUGUGCUGCAAAUACUUCAUUCUGUCUCCAGUCCCUUCUGUCUUUCUCUCAGCCUCUGUGAGUUGAGAGAGCAAAGACUGUGGCCCAGGGUUCUUCGGCUCGACUGAACCCCACUUGGGGUGGAAGAAAUGAACGGGAGAAAUGGCAUCAGAGAGAGGGAACGUGGCUCCCUGCUCUCAUUCUCCCCUUCUUGCGAAACCCUUUCAUAUUCUCCCACCUCAUCCCAGGCUUUCAUCCUGUCACUCAAAGGCUGCCAGCUGCACCCGGUUGCAUCUAGUUCAGAGCUGGCCUACCUUCAAGGUCCUCCAGUCCCUAGCCCCUCUGUUCUGAGGAAGUCAGCGGGCUGCCUCCAGGUCCCCUCGUAAAAACUCUGUCAAGUCACUUGCCUUUUACUGGCCUGCGCUGUUCACGGGUAUUUUACGAGCAGCCGUUGAGAGUCAGCUCUAGUGUCAGGCUGAGUUCCAAUCCCAGCUUCCUCACUCAGUAACUUUUGGGUUGUCGGAAAAGUCAUGAUGUAUUUUGUCUAUGUUUUUCAAAGG